CCCUUGCGGUCGUCAACGUCAUAUCUCUUCGACUUUUUUGCUGUGUUUUUCCCUCGUUUGCGUUGAAACUACUUCAAAUACGUAUACCCUAAUAAUUGCAGUGUGGGUGAAAUUGAUGAAAUGGGUCCAGUUGAGCUGCUCCACAUGUCCGUUUUCUCUCUGAGUUAUUCUCCCUGUGGUCGAUUCCUGGCCGCUGGAAACAACUACGGAGAAAUUGCUCUCUUCAGCCUUUCAGCAGCUCUGAGUCCAGAUGCAACCUCUCAGAGUCAGAAACCUGUCCUAACAUUCACUGCUCACGAAGGUCCCAUCUUCUCCCUGAUUUCCACUGACUGUCACCUCCUGAGUGCUGGAAAUGGAGAGAUCAGUGCCUGGAGCUGGACUGAACUUAUAAAGAAGAACGUUAAACCUUUGUGGACAAGACGGCCCAACUACAAAUCCAGCUUAGAGAUCCCAGAGAUCAACUCUAUGAUCAUUAACCCUAGAGACAACAGUCUUGUAGUCGGCGCUGGUGACAACAACAUUCACAUCUUGGACAUGGAACAUGGAGAAUUCAAGUCUGUCCUUCAGGGUCAUUCGGACUACGUUCACUGUGUCAGUGUGCGAGAGAGGGAGGGAGAGAUUCUGUCAGGGGGGGAGGAUGGAGCGGUGAGGAUCUGGGACAGCAGAACGGGUCAGUCUGUUCACUGCAUUGAGGUCUAUAAGUACGAGGACUGUGCACGCCCUCAAUACGGUAAAUGGAUCAGCUGUGUGACCACAGACUCUGACUGGAUGUUGUGCAGUGGAGGCCCAGCUCUGUCUCUGUGGCACCUUCGCUCUCUGUCUCCAACCUCAGUCUUCCCUCUGACAGGCUGCCAGAGACAGGCUACCUUCUACCAGGACAAGAUCUUAGCUGUAGGUGAAGGUCCUUAUGUGUCCCACUGUUUGUUGGGUGGAAAGGUCAAAGCCGAGAUCCCCUGCACAUCACAGAGCCUCAACACCCUGCAGCUCAACACAAACAGCACUGAGCAUCGGGUGCUGACAGUUGGAGGCAGCAGCGAUCACAUCGACGUGUUCACCAACCUGUCGUACAAAGCGUUUUCACUCAGCUUUUGAAAACACACACAGAUGGCAUGCUGAUAUGUAUGACUGGCUGUGUCUUUUUUUUUUUUUAUAACAUUUUGUAUCAUUAAGUCUUGAAGUCUGAACGUAAUAAACUAUUUUGUGUUAA